UGCCACAAAAACUCAACAGCCUCUUCCUUCACAUAUUUUCUCUAAGCAGUACUCUAUGAUCCUUUCAUCAUCAAUGAUGCUGUCCCGAAUUGUCUCAGCAUUUUUCUUAGUCCCUCUUCUUUUCUCUCAAACGAUUUUUGCGUAUAGCCCCAAUGACGCCCAGUCGUGGUGCAGCAAAAUGCCAUACCCACAGCCUUGUGAGUAUUUUCUCACCCAGAAUCAAAACCAAACACCUAUCAAGGAUGAGUCUAAUUUCCUCAAAAUUUCCCUCCAACUUUCUCUAGAUCGAGCAGCUAAUGCUCGGAGUAAGACUUACUCUCUAGGCCCACAGUGUCGAGACGAGCGUGAAAAGGCUGCAUGGGAUGAUUGCCUUGAGCUCUACGAGCACACCAUCCUCAAGCUCAACAAAACUCUUGGUUCUGAGUGCACCAAGGACGAUACCCAAACAUGGCUCAGCACUGCCCUGACCAACUUCCAAACCUGUCAGGCAGGUUUUGUUGAGCUCGAUGUGUCUGAUCACAUCUUACCCUUAAUGUCAAACAACGUUUCCAAUUUGAUCAGCAACACCUUAGCCCUUAACAAGGCGCCCUACAAGCAGCCUAGCUAUAAAGAUGGCUUUCCUACUUGGGUCAAUUCCGGGACUCGGAAACUCUUGCAGGCUUCCUCAGUGGUUCCUAACGUUGUGGUGGCGAAAGAUGGUUCCGGUAACUUUAAGACAGUAAAUGAAGCCAUCACUGCUGCUUCAAAGAGGAGUGGGAGCGGAAGAUAUGUGAUAUACGUUAAACAAGGUACAUACUCAGAAAAUGUAGAAAUAGGAUCAAAGUUGAAUAACAUUAUGUUGGUUGGCGAUGGUAUCGGAAAGACGAUCAUCACCGGCAGCAAGAGCGUUGGAGGAGGAACUACAACUUUCAGAUCAGCCACCGUUGCCGUUGUGGGAGACGGUUUCAUUGCGCGAGACAUAACCUUCCGGAACACGGCCGGGCCCAACAACCACCAAGCAGUGGCGCUCCGCUCCGGUUCCGACCUCUCCGUAUUCUAUAGAUGCAGUUUUGAAGGAUAUCAAGACACCCUCUACGUCUAUUCCGACAGACAAUUCUACAGGGAAUGUGACAUUUAUGGGACGGUAGACUUCAUAUUUGGCAACGCCGCCGCUGUUCUCCAAAACUGCAACAUUUACGCGCGAAAUCCACCUAACAAGACCAACACUAUCACGGCACAGGGGAGAACUGACCCAAACCAGAACACCGGAAUUGUAAUCCACAACUCCCAGGUCGCGGCAGCUUCUGACCUGAAACCGGUCCAGAGCUCGGUUAAAACGUACCUGGGAAGACCCUGGCAGAAGUAUUCCCGGACGGUGUUCAUGAAAACUGUCCUGGGUAGUUUAAUUGCUCCGGCGGGAUGGCUUGAAUGGGAUGGUAAUUUUGCCCUGGACACUUUGUAUUAUGCAGAGUAUGCUAACACCGGACCGGGUUCAUCCACGGCGAACAGAGUCAAUUGGAAGGGGUACCAUGUUCUGACCAGCGCAACCGAUGCAUCGAAGUUCACCGUCGCCAAUUUCCUCGCCGGUAAUUCCUGGCUCACAGCGACUGGCGUGCCUUUCACCUCCGGACUUUAAAUAUAUCAAUUUCAUUCAAUCGCAUAUUCAUCAAUAAUCAUUGUUGAUUUCGAUUUCAGUUUCUUUGUGGGAUUUAAUUUAUAGUUUGAAAUUGUGUAGUAUAUGAUUCAUGUAAUAUACAAUAAAUCAAAUUGUUAUUC